GCGCAAUUCCGAACCUGUCAGUGGUUCUGGUUUGCUAUCAGCCUCAUAGAGCAAAAGCGAGGGUUUCUUUACUGAAAAGGUGAAGUCGUUUCCUUUUUCCCUCGCCUCCCUCACACUCGUAUAUACACCGUUGCUCUGAGAGUGUACAUCAAAUAACGGUGCCCCCCCCUUCCCCGCGUGCAGCGCCGCCAUUUUAGCGCGGGCUCUCGCGAGGCUUGACGCCAUCUGCGGGAGCCUCUGCAAAUUCUCGCGAGGUUUGGCUGCUUCCGGCCGUGCCUUCCGCAGGUCUCGCGAGAGCUGCGUUCUUUCUCUGCCGUCCCUCACGCCGACAAGAUGCCCUCCAGACUGAGGAAGACCAGGAAGCUGAGGGGACACGUCAGCCACGGGCACGGCCGCGUCGGCAAACACAGGAAGCAUCCUGGAGGCCGCGGUAAUGCUGGUGGUAUGCACCAUCACAGGAUUAACUUUGAUAAAUAUCACCCUGGCUACUUUGGAAAAGUAGGUAUGAGGCACUAUCACUUGAAGAGGAACCAAAAGUUCUGUCCCACUGUCAAUUUGGAUAAACUAUGGACCCUUGUAACUGAACAGACAAGACUCAAUUAUGCAAAAAACCCGGCUGGAAUGGCCCCAGUCAUCGAUGUUGUGCGCUCAGGUUACUACAAAGUCCUGGGCAAGGGCAAGCUGCCCAAACAGCCUGUAAUUGUGAAAGCAAAGUUCUUCAGUCGAAGAGCGGAGGAGAAGAUCAAAGAAGUUGGUGGUGCCUGUGUGCUCGUGGCAUAAAGGCCUUUGUUUUAUUCAAACCUUUUGAAUAAAGACCAAUGUGUAAAAUGUGUUGAUUUAUA